AUAGUCUAGAUAAUUUUUUCUCGUGUGGGGAAGCAUAUGGAGAUGGGUGGCAGAAAUAGUGAAGGUGGGAAAGGAAGGAGAAAAGGAUUGGAAAAGUGAGAAAAGAGGGAGAGAAGCACAGAAAACAAGAGGAACAAAAUAAGGGGUGUAACUAAGGAGAGAUUGAAGAGGAAGGCCGAAAAGAUGGGGAUCUAUGGGGGCUGGCUUAGUGUAGUAACCUUUUGGGGGCCACCAUCAUGCGUGCCCACAACAUUCCUCCACCACCAUGCCUGUUCUAUUGUGCUACUGUGUUAGACCCAGAACACCUGUGAGUUCCCUCUGUGCCCACAGAACGAGAUGGUGGCAGUCAUGGGAAAAGGGGCAUGUUUUUUGUUUUGUUUCUUUAUCCAGAUUGUAUUUGACAACUUCAAAAGGCUCAAAUGAAAGACUCAAAAACUUAAGUGUACCUAGCAUGGGAAUUGGCAUAAAGUAGGUAUUUACUGUUUCUACCUUUAUAUUUUUCAACUUUGGCAUUUGUCCAUGUUGACUUAAGCUGUGCAAUGAUGUUUUAAAUGUUUGCAUGUUCAAAAAAAACACCAAAUCUAGUUGGGGUGAGCAUCCUUACAGUUUUACUUCUAUUAACGAAUAUUUUAUUCAUUGCGCUUUUUAGUUCUAUAAGAUGAGAAUUUUCAGCUUGCCCAUCUGCAACAUUUUACAAAAAAAAUGUCUUUAGGAGUAAAUUGGUAAUGACUAUACCUUGUUUUAAUUUUUGCUGGCUAUCAUUGCUUUCUGUAUAAUUUGAGCUACUCCAAAGGUGGUUAUUAGGGUUUUUAUUUUUUAAAACUACCUUUUAAAUGCUUAAUGAAAGAUUCCAUAGCAAACCAGAGCCAAGGUUAAAACAUUGAGUGUAAUUGUUACCUAGUUAUUAUAGCCACAAGGUCUUUAAUUUCCCAGGGGUAAUUCAUUAUUUGGCAGGUUACUGCCCCAUUGACUAUCUUAAUACUACUAUUCUAUUAGUAUGUUUUAGAGCAAGGGAAGUUACAGGCAUUGAUAGUUCUAAUGGUAUCACAUACUCGGGUAAUCAGUUAAAUAGGAAGAUUUUAGAUGUGCACUCCACUCCCCUUAAUUGGAUGUAGUAAGUUUUGUUUAAAGGAAAUCCAAACAAAGUUUGUUUUUUGUAGAGACAGUGACUCAUUAUGUUGCCCAGGUUGGUCUUGAACUCCUGGGCUCAAGUGAUCCUCCCACCUCAUCCUCCCAAAGUGUUGGGAAUAUGAGUGGGGCUUUUUUAAAAGUUAAGUGAAAUAAUGAAAGUAAGGCCCUUAGCAUUGUCCUUGGCAUUUGCAUUAAGUGUUCCAUUAAUGGUGCUAUUAAACCAGUUAUGACCCUGAAAAAUGAGGGACUUGGGCAAUCAAUUGGUGUUUUUCCAGUAUCAACAAUGAGGUUUAUAUAAAUUGAUAUCAAGGUAUAUAUAACAAGGACAACAAAGGUAGGAGAAACAUUUUUGGGGCUCUUGUAUGUCAUAAUUGGUCAUUUCUAUUGUUGAAAUCUUUACAAAAGUCACGAAGUCUUGGCAUUUUGAUUUUACAGGAAACAAGUGUAGAAUGAUUGUAUAAUUCAACUGUGGUCAUAAUGAGCUGGGAUCAAAUCUGUUCCAAUGCUUCCUACAACAUAAUCCUAUUGGAACUCAGGACUGUGAUAUCACCUUCAAGUUGUGUUUUUGUUUUUGUUUUUGUUUAGAUGGACUCUAGCACUGUUGUCCGGGCUGGAGUGCAGUGGUGCAAUCUCGGCUCACUGCAGCUUCCGCCUCCCGGGUUCAAGCAAUUCUGCGUCAGCCUCGCAAGUAGCUGGGGAUUACAAGCGCCCGCCACCACACCUGGUUAAUUUUUUGUAUUUUUAGAAGAGACAGGGUUUUACUAUGUUGGCCAGGCUGGUCUCAAGCUCCUGACCUUGUGAUCCGCCCACCUCGGCCUCCCAAAGUACUGAGAUUACAGGUGUGAGCCACCUCGCCCAGCCCCACCUUCAAGUCUUAACCAUACUAUUAGUGUUAUAUUAAUAGGAUUUUGGUAAUUGUACCAACCAUAAUACUGUCUGGCAUGUUUGCUCUCAGAUGAUUCUCCCAAUAAACCAUCACUAUUGCAGUUAAAUAUCACCCUUGGUGUAACAUUUUCCUAAAAUUUUUAGAAGACAGCAACAAUUUUAAAGAUCUGAUAUGUAACAGAGGCACUGUUGAGCUCUAUUAUAGAUUUGUAUUCUCAAGAGAAAUGCCUCUCCCCCUUUUUGAAGCUUAAGAUAAUCUGGAAAUAAAUCUUAGUGAUGCUAUGUAAGAUAAUGUUUUCUUAAAGGAACAUUUUGUUUAUCCUAUAUGCUUAAUCUGCUUUGUGGAUAGUCCUUGAAAUCAUUGACCCAUGCUGUUUCUAUUUUUGAGAUACUUAAACUAUUUUCUCAUCUAGAUGUUCCCAUCUCUAAUGUCACACCUUGUAUGGGUUUCUGGACUUCUCUGUACCUUUCAUAUUCUUUUAGUCUCGAGGGUACCAGUCCCUAGUCUGCUGAGCCAGUUUUACAGGCUCAGCCAAAAUAAGAAAAUGAAACGAGGCACAGGGAAUGGACUUGAUUCAUCUCUUAACAUUUGUGAGAACUUUGGUAUUGCCUCUUCGCUUUCUAAUUUCAGUUGUUCAUUUUAAACGUAGUGCCUGUUUUUUUUUUUUUUUUGUCAAGGCUAUGUUAAAUGAAUUUAGAAUCCCAGUAUUUUAAGAAACUAGAUGAAGUCCUUUAGUCUCUUGCUCCUCAAAAAGUCACCCACAGAAUCACCCAGGAGCUUGUUGGAAAUGCAGAAUCUUAGGUCCUGCCUCAGAAUUGGAAUCAAUCUGCUUUUUAACAAGAUCAUCAGAUAUUUUGUAUGCAUAUCAAUUUUUGAAAAGCACUGCUGUAAUCUAGUCUCGGAUUUACUUAGAGGGGGAAACUAGUCAAGUGGUUUAUUCAACGAAUAUUUCAGUCCUUGUGUUCAAAGGGGUCAAUUAAAAACCCCGUGUUUUGGGUGUUUAAAAUUAGAGGAGAAACAAUUUGUCAUAAAAUGAAUUUUCCAACAAUGAUAGGCAUGGGGUCCUUUGCGACUUAGUGGGUUAGGCUUAGAGGUCUACUCAGAGGAGCUGACCCUUGAGAUUUUCCAGGUGGUCAAAGAAAGGAAUAGCAUUUCAUGCAGAAGAGCUAGCAUAUGUGGAGACCAAUAGAAAUGUGAAGAUGGCAUGUUUGGGGUUUUUGCAAGCAUGAUACAGCAGAGCAUGCCAUCCUAAUAAGAGAGAGAAGUGGCCGGGCGUGGUGGCUCACGCCUGUAAUCCCAACACUUUGGGGGACUGAGGUGGGUGGAUCAUGAGGUCAGGAGUUCGAGACCAGCCUGACCAAUAUGGUGAAACCCCGUCUCUGCUAAAAAUACAAAAAUUAGCUGGGCAUGGUGGCGGGCGGCCGAGGUUGCAGUGAGCUGAGAUCGCGCCACUGCACUCCAGCCUGGGCAACAGAGUGAGACUUCGUUUCAAAAAAAAAAAGAAGUGGGAGACUAGAUUGUAAAUGUUGCUUUUGUCCUAAAGGGUUUUCCUCAGCGCAGGUCUUCGCGCGGGACUUCAAAGUGCGUGCCCGCUUCCCUUCCCCCCAGCACUAAAGACAAACCUGGCGGGUCCCCUGGCGCGCGCUCGGGAGCCCACGGGCCACACCCGCCUCCUAGCAACCGGACCUCAGGUUCAGCCUAGAGAGAGGAGGCCACCAUGGACCAGCCAGCCGUCGCCACCGCCUCCACCACAAUAAGGGAAGACCUGGUGCGUGGAGAAUCAUUCAUCACAGCCUCGAAACCAGCCCGAAAGACUUCCUCUUUUGAAAGAGAAGGAUGGUGGAGAAUAGCAUUAACAAAUACUCCUAUACCUGGCGCUUACCACUUGAAAACUUUUAUUGAAGAAUCCCUAUUAAAUCCAGUGAUAGCAACCUACAAUUUUAAAAACGAAGGAAGGAAAAAGCCACCUCUUGUGCAAAGAAACAAUCCAGUCCUAAAUGAUCUUCCGCAGUAUAUGCCUCCUGACUUCCUGGACCUGUUAAAGAAGCAAGUGGCUACUUACUCAUUCAAAGACAAACCACGGCCAAGCCCCAGCACACUAGUUGACAAAGAUCAGUCACUUCAGCUUUCUCCGGGGCAAUACAACGUGCUUCCUGCACCAGUUCCCAAAUAUGCUUCCAGGAGCUGUGUAUUUCGCUCAACAGUUCAAAGAUUCCCAACAACCUAUUUUAUUCCCCAUGAAGGCCCUGGUCCAGGUCAUUAUAAUGUGAAAAUACCUCCAACAAGCUCUAUCACUUCUUGUUUUCAAUCCAGAGUCCCUCGAUUCUUGCCCAGCUGUUCAAAAACCCCAGGCCCGGGAGCAUAUACAACUUUAAGACAAUUCCCUAAGCAGUCUCCGACCAUAGCCAAAAUGGGCCGAGAACAUAGCCUUUUCUUCAACAACACAAUUAGCUUUUAAAAUAAAGCGAUCUUGGCACCAAGCUCUA